UUGGCGCUCGAUCGAAACGUACGAAUAACUUCUUCGUUGGUAAAACUCAGAAAGUAAAAAUUUUAUCAAAAUCGAAAUAUAAGAGUAACAUAAAAAAAGUGAACGCAAGUGAAAUAAAAUACAAGAAAAAAGGACUGUGUUGCUUAUCGCGUGAAUAAAGAAACUGAGGUGUACUAGCUAGAGAUAAUAUAUAACAACAAACAAAAAAAAAAAAAUAUUUGGCGUUUGUGUAGCGUCCGGUGAGAAAAAGUAUAACUUUUAAGUGAUCAACAUUCAUAGGAAUCUAGCUCAAUACCAACAUAUAUUCGUGCGCGGAUUUGUGUUUUCUUUGCAACCUACCUUCUUUGUGUUCUACGCCCCAUAUCGAUUGUAGCGAAGUACUAAGAACGCUUUCCUGCUAAAAAGUGGCAGCAAACACCGGACAUCGAUCAAAAGAAGGAAAUUCGUUCCCACUUAUAUAAAUUGCGUGAAUCGCGUUUACGUGACUUAUAUCAAGGCGAAAUCAUGGCUGGCAACUACGCUAAAGAUCCGUUGAACUCGUCGCACGGCGAUUCUUUGGUGGGUCAAAAUUUUCAAAGCUUGAAAUCAAAAGAAGUACGAGAUUCAGUGAGUCCCAUAAAUGAUUUGAAAUUCCACUCCAUGACCCUGAAUCAUCCCAAUACAACUGGUUGGGACGUUCAAACUUCGUCCGAGGUGAGUCCAGAUGGACGCGCAUAUCGUACCGAAACCUUGGCUACCACAGAUGGCGUUGAAAAGAUUAAUGGAGGCACCGCUGAAUUCCGCGGCCGAAACGAGCAACGCGCAAGUGCUUCUCAUCAAGGGGACGAUAAGAACUUCGUUAAGAAGGCAUCGGAAAGCUCCAAUACUCACUUGCAAGAGCGUGUAGUGGUUGGCGAUGAAAAUUCCGGGCGCACUGAGAUGAAAACUAGCUCAACUACAACAUCUUCCUCAUCGCAGGUGACAUCCUCGUCAUCCACUAUCGAAUAUGGUGGUGCCGAUCCAAACGAUGGUCGAUAUCUUAUGGAUAAUACUCAGAGACAACAUCAAGAUCAUCAACGACUCACGCAAGAUCAAUAUAAUCAGCAGAUUCGACAACAACAACAACUACAGCAGCAAGAAUAUGAACAAAACAUACAACACCAACAACAUCAGCAACGUGUCCAGCAACAACAUCAGGAAUUCAACAGUAAUCGUCAAGAAUCGUCUACAAGCCGUAAUGUUGAGACUCAACAGACGAAGGAGCAGAACAGACGUGUUGUAGAUAUGGAUAAGGCUUCACCUGAAUAUCAGCAACAUGUCCAGCAUCUUAUGGCACAACCUGGUGAGAUUAUCUCGAACACGGUUGAGUAUCCGAAACCGAAUGUUAAGAUGAUCACUACCGUUAAGCGUUUACCUGAUGGUACUAUCGUCAAGAAUAAACGUUACGAAACGGAAGAGUUACGUCCUACAGUGGAUACUCAACGUCAACGUACGACUUCUACUACGAGCCAGAGCAGCACUCAACAUAGAAACGAACAGCAAAGACGUGAGCAGACCGAAGAUAAUGUAUACAAUCGUCAACAAAACGUGCGCAAUAAUGUGUAUUCGAAUAAUACUCCAAGACGACCUGAACACGAUGUCGUCGAUAACGCCGAACCUUUCUUGCGCAAACCAAACCCUCAAGAUUUAGCGGUUUCACAUCCGGCCGAUCAUUUUGUGGAUGAAACCACUAAUGUCGAGACUAAAUUUUCAUCGGUGAAAAAAUCAAGCCGUAAAUUCUCCACUGAAACGACAUCAGAAACUAUUGAGGAGUUUUCGGAUCAGCCACCCUCUUCACAGGCUCCUGGUAUCAGAGGUAAGCCGCCGAGUGGUCAUUUACCUAACAAGGAUUUUUCUACUCAUGGAUUUCCUUCAGUGAAGCCGAAUAAGCCCACUCAAGAAUAUCCUUCUGAACGUCCACAUAUCGGCUCACAACCUGAUUUUAGUACUCAUGGGUUUCCUUCGGUGAAAUCAAAUAAACCAACGCAAGAAUACCCAAGCGACCGUCCACGUCCUUCUGAGGUGGAGCGUAUAACACAACGAACUGUGACUCCCACAAAUAAGCCGAGCACAGAUGCACCACAUGGAUUUCCCGCAGUAAGACCAAACACAAAUAUUACUACCACCAAGGAUGGUGAUGUGAUAAUUGUAAGUUCUGAAUCUACGCGCAGUUCAAAAUAUAAGACCAAUGCAGAGCGUGUUAUCGAAACUGAAGUAGUAGUUGAUGGAGAUUCUAAUGUUCGUCCUGAAAGUUAUCCUAACCGUGGGUUUCCCGCAGUAAACGAACCAUUAACUGGAGGUAGAGAUUCGCCAAGAUAUGGUGCCCCUAUUAAGGAGUAUCCGAGUAGUCCGAUAAAACAAUCACCAGAAUACUCCACAAGCGGAUUUCCAUCUACCAAAGAUGUGGCUAGACCGAAUUCAGGACAACCUGUGCCUUCAAGAACCGUUGACCAAGAUGGAAAUGUUAUAGUAGUGAGCUCGGAAACAAAGAAAGUGAUUAAACAUAAUACAAACAGGGAGCAUAUUAUUGAAACAGAAAUUGCUGGUAAUUACGAUCAUCAUACACCGUCAGGCUUACGCCAACCAGACAAAAUUACUUUUCCACCUACUCCUCAACCAGGGGAUUUCAGCACACAUGGAUUCCCAUCGGUAAGAGACUCUGCACCCACCAAUGAUGCAUAUCGUCGACAGGGCACACCUACACGUGAUUAUCCCAGUAGUCCCCGAAAGGCCCAACCAUCCGAAGAUUUUUCGACUCACGGUUUUCCCUCUGUUAGGGAGUCGGCACCAGUUAGAGGAAGUACACCUUCUCGAGACUACCCGAGCAACCCAGGUCAACAUCAGCCAAAAGAUGAUUUUUCUACACAUGGUUUUCCAUCUGUAAGAAGUCCCAAGAAAACUGCACCGGAUUUCUCAACACCGUCAGGUGGCUUCCCAUCAACUAGGGAUACUAACGCUCCCAAGCUUACGCCAACUCAACCACAAAGAAUACAACCGAAUACAACACCCACAAGGAAACCUACGAGUACGACAGACUCUUCUCAACGCCUGAUUUCGAAGGAGAGGGAUGUCGACGCCACCCAUCGUGCCUUUGCCGCUUCACUACGAUGUUCGUCACCAGUGGAUAGUACAGAUCAUCAUCGGACCACACCGCGUUCCAGCGUUUCAUCGACCAGGACAUUCCGACGAGAUGGCCGAGAAGGUUCCCAUGACAGCGAAACAAGUCGCAUCAGUUCAGGCACAGUUACGCGUUCUUCGCCAAGUAAGAGUGUUGGUAAAACUGUCGUUACAAAGCAAACUGUUGUUAAAACUCGUAACGUGAAUGGUUCUAACGAAACAAUUGAUUUAACACCCCAGCAGCGCCCCACAAAGUCGCCGUCUCCCACAAAGACCAUCACAACGACCACCACACGCACCACAACAACUAGAAAGAGUCCAGGAGAAGUGCCAAAACCAGAUAAUCAAAAAUCUAAGAAAGCCGAAAACACAUUUCCUAUUAUUAACGAACCACUAACCAUCACAAAAACCCACUUUACCGCAAAUGACGCCAGCUUCCUCGGCAACGAGGUGGUCGAGGAGCCAUGCUUAAAAAAACACUUUUACAAACUCGGUCCGUCCGACAAAGCAACACCAAACAAUGUUGACGAGAAGUCACCAUAUUCACCAGCACCAAGUAAUAACAUACAUCGCACUCAUCCCAAAACAACAUCCCCAGUUCGGGAUGAUUUCGAAGAUGUUAACCACGAAGAGCCCAUCCAUAAACAACCACUAAGUUCAUACGUAAUCGAACCUAAACAACGUAAUCGUUCACCAUCAGGACCACUUCCAAGUGGUAGUCCGCAAACCAUUUGUCAACCAAACAGAAAAGAAUCUAGUGUUGGGCGUAGGACUGUUGUGAGAGAAAGUGAAUUUGAAAAUACAGAUUGGCAAAAUACAAUUCUAGAUUCGAACGAACGACCCUAUCCUGUAAAGGAUGGAUCUUCAAAACCGCGAGAAAACCGUCCUAAAGAUGAUGAUUAUAUAAAAGAAACACUAGUUGAUACGUCUGAUUUUCCGGUAAUUAGAGAAGAAACUAUUAAACGAACAGAUCAAAACAGACAGAAGGAGAUUGUGGCCAUUAAAGGUACGAGAAAUGAAAAACUGCGAUCUAAUGAAAACAAUUUUGUAACAAUUGAGAAUGAUGUAAGAAAGCCGAAUGGAAAAGAACCUUCCGGACCGGUCGGCAAGAAACCUACUUCGGCAAAACCACUAGAUUCAACGGACAGGAGACCUAAAGAAAGAAAACCAUCUGAUAAACAUCCCAUUGAGUAUACGGAGAAACCUAAAAGUCCAAUUCGAAAAACUUCCGAUUUUACCUCUUCAAAUAAAUUCGAUACCUCCGUAACAACAAAAACUACACGGAAGGAAAAUUCAAAUGUUAUUGGCGAUGAUAUCGAACCACAUCAAAGUAUUCCAAAACAGCCAUCUGAGAGGAAACCAAGUGAUACAGGAAAAUUAAAACCGAACGUCGUUGAUCGCAGUCCGAUUAGAAAACCAACGAACUCAAAAACUCUCUCAGAUAUAACUUUGAAAUCGGUCUGUAAAGAAAACGAUGAACCUGUGGAUAGAAAACCAACGGGUGCAUCCCUAAAAGAACCUGCUUUUAAGAGACCAACAGGAAAGAAACCUGAAUCUAGUCCUACACGAAAACCGGAGAAAGAUACUUCAAUUACUUCUGAAGACAACGUAAUCAAAACCAGUACUAUUACUACUACGGUCACGAAAACUCGCAAAGACAACGUUUCUCCUACCAGACCCAAUAAUAAAACUCCUGACGAAGAUAGACCAACAAAAUUGUCGCAACAAAAGCCGAUAUAUACCAAUACUUUAAAGCACGAACCACGCGAUGAGUACCCCGCACCUACUGAUAACAAUCCAACAAAGAAAAUACCAACAAAGGAGAAUCUUAAGUCAACAGAAAUUAGAGUUACUAAAACACAAGUGGUAGCAUCUACCGAUAAAUAUCAGCCUGGUCCAAAAAGAACAAAACCACUUACUACAGAACCUUCCAAUUCAGAAUAUGAUGAUGAUGUAAACGAGAGUGAACAUGAACAAAGUAAUCCUCUCAGGACGGCACCAUCUGAGCCUGAAAAGGUCACACCGGAAAAUACACCAAAUAAUACUCAAGAAAGAGAAGACUUCUCGGACACUGAGAGCACAAGCUCAUCAUUUAUUACGACAAUAAUCAAAAAGGUACGCACAGAUGAACCAAAAACAACUCAUCAAACGAUUACCGAUGAGACGAAAAAAGUUCAAGAGCUUUUCAAUAAAACCGAUAAGACGAAAAUAACUAAAAAUGUAAAUGAAGAAUUCAUAACUUUCGAACAACGGAAGCGAGAAAGAAUUCCAGUUGAUGAUACUCCUACAACAAAAACAGAAUUACGAAAUAAGGAAGCGAAUAAACCAAGUUUUGAACCAAUAGAUAAUUAUUCGAAACCCAAUGAUACAGACGAUGACGAGCAAUCCUGUACUAAUGCAAAUACUUUGAAAAUAAGUUCAGUUAGAACAACUUUAAGAACCUUUGCUCAAGACAAGUCGCAUUCCCCCGAAUACCAACCCAGUGAUAGGGAACCCAAACUGGUGCAGCCAUCCGUUAUGGGCUUGAGUAACGACGAUGAGGUCCCACAGCAAACAAUUGAAUCGACAAACAAAAAUACUCACAAAGCUAAUUCACCGAAUUUCACAGAUGGUGGAAAACCCAAAUCUGAUGCUAAGCAGAUUUUGCCAGACCAUAACGUUAAGGAUCGCAUUCCGUCCACAAAACCAACUGGACAAACUUUUGAUACUAUUAUUUCGACUACCACUACUAAAAUUUCCCAAAACUUACCUGGCGAAAAAACAACAGCAAAGCCUCGAGAGGCUUCCGAUAAACUUGUGCAAACCACUUUCGAUGAAACUAAAAAAGUUGAAGAACUCUUUAAUACUAAUAAAUUGGCUCAUACAAAAAAUACUAUUGAAGAGUUUAUUACUAUUGAAAGGCAAAACAAAGAAACCCCAGAUGGAGCUUUUAUAUCGAAAGCACCUGAACCUGAACCAAGUUCUCCAAGUUUUAAGAAAAAAGGUGUUAGUCCAAGAGAAACCUUUGAAGAUCGUUGCCGUCAAAUCUUAGGCAUGGAAAACUAUGGAGACACUCCUGGUGUUUAUAAAAAGAAACCUGAAGAUAUAUCCGAGCUAACUGAGUCAGUUACCGUUAAUGUCACAGAAUUGGAUGUUCAAAUAGAGGACUGUGAAGAUGAUGAAUCCACUUAUGUAAAUAAUAUUAAAGAUUCUGUUAAGCCUCAGAAACCACAACAACCCAAAACCGGCAAUACUCUUGAUGAUGAGAUACUAGAAGAAGUGGAAUGUGUUCCUAAAGAAACCGUUGUACCAUUUAAAAGAAGUUCUCCAGAUACGGAGCCCUUGACUGAAAUCUGUCGUAAAACAACUUUGAUUUCUGAAACCGAUUUAAAUAAAGAAGAAGAUGAACAAACGGUCUCUAAAAAGUCUUCUAAAAUAGUUACUAAAACUUCCAGUCCAUCACCGAAGAAGGUAAAAUCCCAAAAUGAGGAGCCAGAAGAUUCAUCAACCACCGAUUCAGAGUUUCCGGAAAAAGAAACGGACGAAGAGUCUCAACCGGAUACUAUAGUAUCUAAAAGGGAUAUGCAAUAUACAGAAGAAGUAGAGAAUGUCUCGAAUGUGGUUGAGGUUACCAAAAAACAAGUAACGAAAGAAAAACCUUCUAGUCCUAAUAAAAGUCCGACCAGAAAGCCAUCCGAGCCUCAAGUUACUCGUAAAAUAUCUCCCGUCAGACAACAUCCUUCUGGCUCCUCCACGAUAACAGAAUUGAAAACAAUCGAAACAAAGACUAAGUCGCGUGAACCGAAUAAACCUUCAAAAAUCAAAAGUGAAACUAAGCUUGUUGACAAGUCAGCGGAGAAACCGGAUAAUCAAAGUAUUGUUGGAAGAGAUAAACCAACAUCAACAGCGAAGUUGCGGUCAGAACGUAUCAAUAAAGUUGAUACCGAUAAAGGUCAUCAAAAGCCCACAAAAGAGUCUCCAACUCACACAAUCAAAGACCGCUUACGUUCUGCCACCAGAAAUAAUAAGCCUUCCGAAUCGCAAUCUGACUCUUCGCCUGAUGUUAGUCCUUCACGGUUUACAGAGCGAAGACGUUCGAGUAAUAUUUCCGUACAUACUGAAAUCAUAAUUGAUCAUUCAGGACCAAAAUCUCCUAAACCUAUUGAAAAGAGCCCUGAGAAACAUGCACCACAGACAAAGAAAACCAGUUCGGCAGAUAAAACUUCACCAAACACAAGACCGGUUCGGAGACUUCCUGUAACCGAACGAAAAGAAUCUGCGCCGGUUCCGAGUGUUACUCGUAAAGAAAAGGAUGCAAAAAUGACUCGAUCAACAAGUGAGAAAGUUAUGAAAAUUACUGAUAAACCGCUAAAAGAAACUGUUGUGAAUACAUUGGCACCAAGCCCCACACCGAAAGGUGAUCGUCGACCUAAUAAAUGCUUCACCACCAAGACCAUAAAUCUCACUACUACAGAUAAACUAAUAAAUAGCGAGGAAAUGGAGAAUGUUAUAAUAGAUAUUCAACAUGCGAAGAGUUCUCGUGAGCCAUCACCAAAUAAAAUUGUCCCUACGCCAGUACCGGUGCAUUUAGAUACGGGUAGGCCUCGUUAUCCCGACGUUGUGCAAGAACCUGAAGAUGAACCUCGCAAAAAACCGGUAAUCACAAAUAUUCCUAUUUUUGAAGAAGAAUCAAACGAAUAUAUCAAAUGCCAUAUAUCAGAGGUGAAGACAGAUAAGAUUUCGAAAUUGGAAGGCUUAGAUGAGAAUGAUAUUCUGGAUAACCCUAUGAUUGAAGCUCCAAAAAGUCUUGAUUAUCCGUCUAUCGAUAGACUUGACGAUGACUGCCUUUUGAGCGUUCAUGAGAAGGUUUCCAAGUUCACACAUACAGCUGAAGAAAUUAAGAAACCCAAAGCAUCUAGCCCAUUCAGUAGAGAGUUCGACAAAACACCCAAAGUACCAGAAAAUGAUGAAUGCUUAUUGACAGUUGAUGAAAAAGUUAACAAGUUCAUUAAGACAGCAGAAGAGGUAGCGAAACCCAUCACACCUAUACGGGAGGUUGAACGCCCCACCUACACUGAUUUGGCCGAAGAGUUACGAACAGAUGAUUGCACUUUGUCGGUGUCUCAAAAGGUGAAUAAAUUCUUGAGUACUGCAGAAAAAUUGGCUCCAACUGCGCCGCAAAGGUCCCCUGAAUUGGUAGCUAAGAUCGAAAGGACUAUUUCCAAGCAGAGUGAGCCAGAGUAUCCCGAAGAUCUUAGUGAUGAUGAACUAACGCCUUUUUCACAGAAUCAUACUCUCGAGAUUGAGAAAAGACGUCAAAAAGACAUACUCUCUCGACCAACUGUAUUUGAAAAUACAACAAAAACUGAUCAGUAUAGUGAUUACUCAGAGGUAAAACUUACUACAACCAAAAAUAAUACCUCACUAGAAGAACACGAGGAAGUAAUUCCUCAUACAAGAGAUCAUACAACCAAACUUGAAUUAAAACGACAAAAAGACAUUUUGUCCAGACCUUCAAUCAAUAAUCAGAAUGUGAAAGGAAGACCACAAUCGCCCAAUAAAAAGGAGCCCACUGGUCCAAGCAAGCAUCCAUUAACGAAUGUUAAAACAAAGCAGAUGGAAUAUACAACACGAAAAAUAAACAGAGAGGAUAGUGAUAAAAUUGAAAUUAAAGCUGAGCGCAAACCAUCCACUCCGGUGUCCAAGCCUGAUAGCCGUAGAACAACAAUACCACAAGCUUCGUCAGUCGCUGUAACCAGAUCUCGUUUUGAGACCACUGAUAUGAAAAGGAAAAUACCAAAAUCGUCUGUUGAACCGAAAGCAAAAAUUAUUACUGGUCGUAAACCAACGAGUGAACCCAAGACAUCUGGUAGAAAACCAUCGACGGAAUCGAUCACUCACUCUUCUUAUCCCAGCAGAGGUAAGCCAAAAACUGAGCUUGAUAGUCAAUUUGAUGGCAGGAAACCAUCUACUGAAUUCGAAAUCAACGUUCAUGAUUCCGAAGCCGUCGAGUCCGAAACGGAGUUUACAUCAACAUCACGUCGCAGAAGUUCAUCAAAAACAAAAGAUUAUUUAGAGACGGUACAAACAGAAAUUGAACGGUUUUCUCCUACUCAAAAAGAAUCUCCAACUCGAAAAACUUUCCUGAUGGAAAAGAAAACACCCCAAACUUUCUCUCACAGCCCUAUUCGAAAAGAUACCACUAGCACUACCAAUGUUAUUCACGUAACCGAGCGCACAAAUAAGCACAAUUCAGAUUGUUCCGAUAUUGAAAUCGUUGAAACUGUUAUAGAGCGCCCCUCACACGUAAAGACGCCAACACCUACACCAACAACCGUUGGUCGUACUCGCAUAACAUCAGAUACUGUUGCCGCUCGCCGCAACAUUUUCGAAACCAAUACCACGCCGAAGGGUCAAAGUCCAGGAGAAAGCAAUUCGCCCUCACCUGUUGGUAGACGUCCAUCAUAUAUGGAUCACACAGUUAGCUCUUUAGAGCACAGUCGUCGUGAUUCACUAGAAGUGAAUAAGCAUAACUAUUCACGCAAGUCAUCGGUGGAUUCGGAAAUCAAUUAUGAGCGUCGACCAAAUACUGCAGUGAAAUUUGAUGUGCCACAUAAACCGCAGCGUACUGCUAGUAUUCCUGAGGAUAUUGAUGUUGAGAAUAUUUUCGAAUUGGAAGUAUUGGAGCGUCUUUUGGAGACGGUAACCUCAUAUGAACUGAGACGCAGGAUUCGCGCCCAAAUACGUUUGGUUAAGAAAAACACACUCAACACUAAUGUGGUUGACAAAAGGAAAACAGAAACUAAAGCAUCUAAUUCCAUAAGAUCAACUCACAAAACAUCUACUUACAAAUCAAAUGUACAUCAAGAAGAAACUGACACCAUUAAUGAAGUCGUAACAACGAAAGUGCCAUAUGACAAUAAAGGUAGUCCAAAACAUCCGGUUCAAACACCAAAGAUGGGUAGGGCAACUCAAAAUGCACCGCGAAAAUCCCCAUAUGGUACUGAAGAAAGCCCAAGGUCGCACAAUAAACUGCACAGCGAACAGAACGUUACUACAAAAAGCACAUAUGAUACUAAAACUGCAAAUGGUCGCACAGAAAGCCCUGAACGUCCCAGAAAAUUGCCCUUUGAACGCGAUCACAGUCCCGAAACAAAAACUUCUCACGAACAAGUAAAAGAAAUACGUCGUAUAUCUGGUUCUUCGAAGUCCUCACAUAAAGAAUAUGUACAUAGCGAGCAGACGGAUUACUCGGAAGAGAAUAUCAAGAGCUCCCGCCGCCAUGUUGAGCAGAGUUCUGAACGUUUUGAAAAAGAUCAUAGUCGUGAACGCAAUUCUAGUCCGGAAUCUAAGAGUCCUGUUAGGGACGGCAGACAUAGUCAAGAUAUUAAAAUAAAAACUUUGCCUAGCACACGCAUCAGAAGUCCUGAUGACAGAAAGUCGUCAUCGCAACGCACAAUCAGUCCAAAAGGAAGAACGCCGAAACAACGUGAUGAAUUAUAUAACAUAUCCAAGGUAACGACAGUUAAAACCACACGCUCACCCGAACGUAAAUCUAGUAAGCCGAAUGUUGACGAAAACGUCCCCAUUUGGGCAGAUCGUAAAAAUCUGCUCAAGAGUCCAAGUAAUGCACCACGUAAAGUGACAACUACGCCGUCAACACGAAACACGGCAACGAAGGUUACAACAUCGAAGACAACCAGUCAACGCCAAACUCAGAAUAGAAACUUUGAAGAAGAUUCAAUCACCUCGAGUUAUGGCAUUGGACCGACAGACGAAAAUGGUUUGCCUUUAUUCGGCAUUAAGGCGUUGAAAAAGAAGAAGCCGAGUCAGCCCUGUGAAGCAACUGAAGAAGUCACAGGCUAUGUCAUCGAGGAGAAGUAUUAUUCAGAUAGUAAAACAAAACCGAAAGUUGAGCGUAAGGAGUACAUUUAUUCAACAAAUGCCGAUGAACUCGAAGAAAUUACAAAAACUCUUGAGCAAAGCCGUAAAUCUUCAGAGGAUAAUGUAGAUGUCAUCAGAAAAGUUGAGAAACUCGAUAAGGAUUACAUUUUUGACAAACCUGAAGCUAUUAUGCCAGACACAGAGGACUUUACUACAACGUCCAGCAAAUAUGUUCGCCGUGGAUCAGUGAAGGAGCUAAGUGAGAAAUUCAUACGAAAAGAGUCUUCACAAUCAGUAACAGAAAAAUCCGGUGGCUACCCAAAGGCCGGUUUGAUUUUACGUACCCGCCGUGGGUCGUCAUCAGAACCAAGUGGAGAUGGUUAUGAAAUAACUACUGAAAAAUAUAGCACAACAUCGAGCAGUCAUGUUCGCCGCGACGAUUCCGAUGAUGAACAAAACGUGCAGCUGCGUCAGAAACAAACGCGGCGUAUACUCACUGACUACGACGAUAACGACGCAGACCAAUGUCACUUGAGUAAUCGUUCGUCGACGAAGUCCACACGCUCGUUCCUUAACAGCGGCGAAACUAAAGUGGUGACCAGCGUGGAUGAUGCGCUGGAGCGUAUGCGUAAUGCAGAUUAUGUUGUAGAGGAAGGUGAUACGGCAGAGGAUCGCGAGGCGCGUUCAUUGUUGAAUAAAUUUCUGGGUGCCAGCGUUAUAAUGAAAGGUGUCGAAAGUGUUUUGCCAACAACCAAACAAACAACAACUACUACCAUUACCAAAACUUCAUACGGCGAUGGGGAUGAUGGCGACAGAGACCUACUGAAGAAUAAAGCGGUGAAAACCACUCGCAUAACGAAAACGACCAAGUCUGGAAGCUCUUCAACACCAGUUACCCGUACAACUUGUGAUAUCGAGGAGAUCUGGGACGAAGAAAUCUUAAAGGAAUUGCUUGAACAGGCCACAACAUACGAAGAACGCCGGAAGAUACGCGCGCGUCUACGAGAUUUAAUGGCGGAACGUGAAGAGAAAAAAUACUUAAAAUCGGGUGAUAUAUCCGAAAACGUUCCAGAAGUCGAUGAAAGCAGUGCUAGCGAGUACGAGGAGAUCAUUGAAGAGGUUACUGUAACCGAUUACAGUGAUGCUGAAGCCGACCUAGGCGAAGAAGAAGUAUUUAAAUCAAGUCAAAAUAUAGCUAGUGAAACUAAAGAGACCACAGAUAAUAUAGAAAAGAAAGGAGAACAAGCAGAAAACUUUGAUAAAGAAAAAGUUACUAGUGUUACUGAAAAUGUAAAAGAAGAGAAGGUAAAGCAAGUAACUAAAGAAAUUGAAAAAGUAAACUUAAAAGCAAAAGAAAGUGUUGUCACAAAAGAAACAAACGAAGAAGCUGACGUUGCAACCGAUAGUAAGAAUUCAAACUCGAACGAAGAGACUGUAGCUGAAUCGAGUGUCGAUAAAACCGAUUCGAAAUCCGUCGAUGACGAUAAGGGUGAGUCCCUAGUGCCGCUAUUGCAAGAUAUUUUGCAAAAGAGUUUGCCAAACGCAAUUGCCAACGCACGGAACUUUCAAGAAAGAGCACCGAAUGCGGAGCUGAAUCUACCUGCAAUCACUAGCACACGUACAAAUAAGGGCUGUAGUAGUAGUAGUAUUAAGAUUAGUGAACAUAGUGAUUUGUGUACUGUUAAUAAUUGCAACAACAAUAACAAUACCACCAACAAUAACGAAGACAGUAAAAACCACACUGACCACACAAACGUAAACCACACACACAGUGACCCAAAUAUAAAACCAGCACGUGCAGAUUGCACGAACUCUGACCAAACCUUAGAUUCAAACUCGUCUGAAACAACAAUGACACGUGACAUUGUAAUGCCAAAGAGAACCGGCAAUAGUGUUAGCGCUUCCCAACAGAAGCAGCUGGAUAGGUUAAGCGUUCCUCAAAAGGAGGACUCAGGUACGGAAAGUGGUGAGGACUUGCGUCUCAUUGCGGCAGGUUUGCGUGAUAGUUUGCAAUUGCAAAGUGAUUCCAAUUUAAUUGAGGAGGUCACAACAGCUCUUACACGUCUCGAGUUGUCACUGAAAGAAGGCAAAAACAUACCGGUUGAUGGUAGUAAACGUGAAGCGUUGUUGGCUUUGGUCGCACGUCUUCAGAACGGUCUCACUUCACGUGAUGCAGCAGUAAAUUUGUCAAAUAUGGCCGAUAAUGGUGGACAGUUUGAUGAAACUUCUUCACCGGAGGGCGACGGACAACGCGCGAAUCGACAACGCUUUGCUCGACGACGAAAUCGUAACAGCCGCCAUACGGUAGGUGUUAGUCGUGAAGAAUUAGCUGAUGCCCGUCGCUACAUGGAAGAUAUGCAGUUGAUGGACAAUAUAUCAAACUGCACAACGCCAGAAAGUGGCAUGACAGCAAAUCCACUUACGCCACCACAAUGGUUUCCCAUCGAGAAGAAUCCUUCGUCGGGUGCCAUAGUCACGAACAGCUCGUCUUCUACACUUUACCGCCCGAAUCAAUUUGUACCGAAUCAACUUAAGAACUCUAUAGAAUGUUUGAAUGGUGACGCGCAUAGAACCCUUAGAGAAAAUGAUGGCCAAAAGAGCAAACGCCCCUUGUCAGGUAACUUUUCGGUAAGCUUUAAGCCGAAUCCCACCUCUAAUGAUCCUGAACCCUUUGUUAAUGACAACCAAGAAGAGCAGAAGGAGUUUCACGUAAAUGGAAAUAUUUCGCCUGACUCUGUCUAUAAGUCUAACCGUUUCUCAAGCAAGAGACAACUUAUGAAACGCGCAAACACCAUUGAUAUACCAAAGACUAAGAAAUAUAACCCAGAUUUUGACACAGAUUCGGAACAAGAGGAGAAAACGCCUCAACUCGGUUUGAAACGCACUCUGCAAGUUAAUGUUAAACACAAAGUGCGCAACGCUGUGCCGCCUUUCGUGCCAAAGACCGAAAAUGAUCACAAAUUUCUAGCCUUCAUCAAUAAGCAAAGCGCUAAGCCUGGACUUGGUUGGACCGGUUCGCGUUCUGUGUCGAAUUGGACUAAUAAGUUCGGUAAUUUAAAGCACACGUUUGAGGUGGGUGCUGCAGCACAGGUCACCACGGGCAAACCACCCCAAGCACCUGGACAUGUGCCACACAGCGCAAGUAAGAGUUACUGGCAGAAGCAAGUGGCGAACCAAGAACAUAAUCAGCAUCAACAACAACAACAACAACAGUACUUACAAUACCAACAACAACAGAGGCAGCAACAACAACAACUGGCAUAUCAGCACCAGUUGCAGCGUAGUCAGCAUGAGGAGAAUGAACGUUUACGUCGCAUGGAGAGAGAACGCCUCGAGCGUGAACACAUUGAACGUGAUCGGCAGGAGCGUCAACGUUUAGAGCGCGAGCGUCAGGAACGCGAUCGCCUGGAACGUGAGUUCUACGAGCGAGAAAUUAUGGAAAGAGAGCGAUUGGCUGCGGCACAACAUGCUGCCAUGCCGAGCAUGACGGUGCCCAAACCAGCACCGGUGAACAAAUUCCAGCAUGCUCCUCAAUCCGUUUUUCGACCCAUCGAGAACAACGACGCACAUGGUCAUAACAUUUUCAAACCCAUACCACAACUGCCACAAAAGUCAAAUACUUGGCAACCACCGUCCAUCACCAAGAAACCACACUCAGCACCUGUGCAGUCGACAUCUGCCUCACCGCAAUUCCUGACUACAAAACCGUCAGUGAAUGGCGCUCAUGUAACAUCACCCUCAUCUACGACUUCAUCGCCCAUUGGUCUGCCUUGGGUUGCGAAGCCCGCAGUAGACAAUAGUGAUUUCAGAAAGAAAGCGCAUACUUUCGAGGAGCGUUCACAAAAUGAUAAUCACCAACAUUCAUAUUUGCAGAGGCAUCAUUCAUUACGUUCGCCAAAGGUAAGCCAACCACAAAUGAAUGAAUACAAGAAACGUCCUUCGCUGCCAAACGCAGCCGAUCCAUAUACGGCUGCUCAGAGUCAAUAUGUGCCACAACAGCAACAACCAUCACAAGUUUACGCAUCAACAACUAACAUAUACGCAGCUCCACCACCGCCAACAAAUAUCUCCUUUACAUAUGCCGACUUAGCCCGCACUAAUAACUACAAAAGUUAUCCCUGCCUUCCAUCGGCUGUAGAGACGUCAAUAACUGCGGAAUAUGUGCGACAGCGCGAAAGCUCACUGACCGAUCCUCAUGCAACACCACUGGUUUUAACCAGUUCCAACCCAACCUAUGAGCCGCCUGCAGAAAAUCAAGUAUUCUACAAUGAUGCACCAUCACCAAGACAAUUCGAUUAUGCGAGCCCAAUAGAUAGUGCACCAACAAGUCCCAGUAUUUUAGCAAUGCCACCAACUGAUUAUACUGAUGACGAUUUGGACUCGGAUAACUUAAUGGAAUAUCGUGCCGAAACUCGGGUAAUGGGUAAGCCACAAAGUCAAACUGCAGUUACAAUACGGGACCGUCGAACGGCGCAUGCCAGUGACGAUGAAGUCUUCGGCAAAAACUCACGCAGCGCUCAAAGCCUAUUGCAGACAAUGAGAAAUGUUGGUAAAAGUGGAAGUAAUAUAACGAAGGUUAAGAAAGAUCCUGUAAGAAAAGUGGAGUCACCAAAGGUUUGCUUAUCUCCAGAUGGUCGUUCAUACCAAGCGCCAGUUGUCGAACCUUUAUUUCCUCAAGUUACCAAUUUUGAGCCUAAUCGUAUCCCAGAAUAUAUUCAGAAUCCAACAAAGGCGGCAGCGCAAAGCAAACAAAAGAAACCGAGACCAAAAACACCACCAAAACCAAGCCAACAAAUGGACCGAAGUUUGCAAUUGGCGCGUACCGAGCAGAAACACCGAUUUGAGCAGCAGUCGAACAUGGAUAGGACAAAAUAUUCAAAUGAAAAUGAAGCUCCGGCUCAACAGCAAAAAGUACAGUAUCAGACGGUUAGUGUUUCUAACACUUCCUCCACCAACUCAGUGCCAUACACAAGUGAAACCCAAACUGCUUAUACGGUAACUUACCCCACCGAAGCCAUCCACGAAAAUCCAUAUGCUAAGCAACAACCGAAUGCUUUACCUCUGCAGCGAAAUCGCAAUUCCACCGAGAACUUAUCAACCAUUUCGUCAAUGUCACAUAACUUACCUUCACCAGGCACAAGUUGGACGCCGAAUCCUAUUCACUCGGUAGAUGAAAUUUUGUCACAACCUAAGCAAUCGAAGAAAACUGUGGACGUCCAAAGUUUACAGUCAAACACUUAUAACCCACAUCCAUUUGUGGCAACGCAGACACAACCCAUGUCACAAAGCAACUUACAGGGUUCAGCACAGCCAAAACCCCAAGUGGCCCCAAAGCCUGCGGUAAAAGGUGUACAAACUGCACCACUGUCAGAAUCACACCCAAAUUACCAGCCACAAUAUGUUCAUACACCCAGCCAAAAACCUCCUCCUCAGGCUCCAUUACAAACAAAACUGCCAGCACAAGAAAGACUUCAACAGCCACCGCUACAAAUCACACAACCCAGAGCUAAACCCACUCCCAAAUUGACCACACGUAGUCAGACUUUGUCGUCAUCAUCACAAAGCCAGACCUCGGAACAACACUACGCGUAUCAGCCAAUACAGCCGGUCUCAAAAACGCGUGCCUUCGACGCAGCAAUGACGCCUCUGAAAACGCAGAAUCGCGUGCUGUCACAACAGUCGCUGAUCUCUAAUAAGCAACACCAGUUCGACCAUAAACAGGAACAGCAGCUGCAGUUGAAUGAUCUGCGUCGCAAAAGUCUUGGCAAUGUCUACGACGUACAGCAGCAGCAACGCAAAGCCGCCUACAUGUCGGAGACAAAGACAAUAGUUAAACAGGAGUAUAAGUCGUCGGCGCCAGCAGACACGCCAGACAUCGUAAAGUCAUCACUGCCCAAGGAGGAUAUGCCCAUACUGAAAAAAUUCGGUCCACCACAACGCCACCAUUACAUGCCCAAUUCAUAUCAGAGUCCCACAGCUAAUACGCAAACCAAAAAGUUCGAAAGCAGCACUAAGGUGAUAAAGAAUACAAAACAUCAGAUUGUUCAGCACUCAACGCUGACGAAGAAACCCUCUAUUGUGGAAAUCCCGGCCACACCGCAGCCGGAUGAAGACCUCAUACCGCGCAAUAUUGUUUUUAACAAUAUUAGCGCAUUUACGUCCAUGUCGCGUCGCCAGGAAGAUCAUGAGCACUCGCAUUUUAACGCACACCCACGAACGAAUCGUUUGAGCAAGAGUGAUUCGUGGAAUCAGAUUGUACAAAUGCAAAAUCAAGCCAAUAUCCAGCAACCAGCGACAUCGCCGAAGUUCGGCAACAGCGGUAGUGAAUUGCGGCGCACCAAAUCCGGGCACACUUUGAAUGUGCGCAUGUAUGAGGCGGGCAUAGAUAAGACGGAGGUCGGUGAGAAACAGCGCACCGUGGCGGCUUACUUCACAGGCAAAAAGUCGCCCAAUCAACUUGGUGGUGGCGAAGCAGUGGAAAUGCGUUCAGCAAUAACAAAUGCAACAAUGUCCACUGCAGCGACGGGAGCAAAGAAGUCGACUAUUAAUCGUCAUAGGACUAGUGAAAAGAUUUCGGCGAGUCGCAAAUCGUUGACUGCAGUGACCAGUAACGGUAUGCCAGCGCCUGCACCAACUAUAUUGGGCGGUGGGUUGACACGUAGCGCAACAAUGCCGCACAUAGCUAGUUUGAAUCUGCUCGACGAGAGCAACGUUGAAGACGCGUUCGAGCAGCUGAUGAUGGGCUCGUAGGAUGUAAGGCUUGCACGCUGAGCUGGGGUCACACGUGUGCCAACCAUUCCAAAUUGCAAAAGCGAGCCAACAUAACAUAAACGAAGUGCAUAGUGCCUAAGAAAAAGUUUAGUUGGAGUUGUCAAGUGAACUCAAACUAAACCUCUACAUUAAAAUUAAAAAGUUACAAUACCAAGUUCACGUUUACAGGCCAGUUACUGCCGGGUAACUCGCCGCGUUUCAAACGUUGUACAAUAACAGUAUAGUCAAUUAAUAAUCUUUAGUGCGUUCCCUCUUGCCAUAUUUCUCAGUCUUCUCAAUUAUUUUACGUAUUGUGACUGUUCUGCGACUCUGUACGUAUUGACGUGAAGGAAAAUGGAAGAGGAGGGACCACAUGUUGUUUUAUUAUUGAAACUUUAACGCCGAUUUCAAUUUAACAUCAAUACACAGUCGAAGGCUAAUAUCAUAAACCAAACAAAUACCAUUACACGCACAGUACACUAAAUAUUUGAGUGCACGAAAUGGCUCAGUGACCAUCGGAACUCCGCUAAUGCCCACUUGGGUCACUAGCGAUUGCAUUAAUGCAAUGAUGUCGAAAUUGACGGAAUGCCUGCCAGAAAGAUUGCGCCCAGCAGCAUAUGUUAGA